AUGUCAUUGCCAAGAAUGUGUUCAUUACCGUCUAGCAGUGGUAGUACAGGUAGUAGUAGUAGUAGUACCGCUGAUAUCGAUAAAGAAAAACAACGUUUUGCAGCUGCAGCUGCAGCUGCAACAAUGGCAUUUCCAAGUUUACCAUUUAUGGCUGCAGCAGCAGCAUUUCCGGCUGUAACAUCAACUACAACCGGUAGUUCCGUUUUUCCGAAUCAAAUGGCCGCUCAAUUAUCAUUGUUCAAUCCACAUUUGCAACAAUAUUAUGCUAAUUUAAUACAUCAACAACAACUCUUGCAAAGUUUACAAAAUCAUUCACCACAAUCUCGAACAGGUUAA